AACAGCUAGACUGUGACUGGGCAGGAGAUGGCGGAAGGAAGUGAGGAGACAGGAAGUGAGAUGGGAUUUGAAGAAGAGGGCGGGAGAGAUAGGAAUGUUUGGAAUGUAAUGCGAUCAAGAAAACGGAAAAAAGGAGAAAGUAACAUCUAAUAUAGAUGAAACAGAUAGUGAACAACAAGAAGAAGAAUAUAAAGUGAUCAUGAAACUAUCUCAGGAGGGGUCGUCAUUUGCGGGACCCUCCGGAGUACUCAGAUGCUGGAUUCCUUCCCUCUCACAGCAAUCCCAGCAAUACGGAGCUCCAGUGGCAUCUGGCCUGUACACUCCAGGGUCAUAUCUGGUGCAGAAUGUGGUCACUGUGCAGCCUACGGCUGAAGUGUUCACUCCACUGGCCAAUCCACUGCCAGAAUACAUGGGCUACUCCAUCUUUACCAUGCUGUGCUGCUGUAUGCCUCUGGGAUCAGCUGCCCUUGUUUACUCCCUCACAACUGGAGAUGCUAACAUGUUUGGACACCAGCAAAUAGCCAGCAGAAACUCCAGAAUGGCAUGCAUAAUCAACCAUAUCAUUGUUGCUGUUGGCCUAAUCUUUUGUUUGAUUUAUAUAGUUUGCAUCAUUCUUCCUGUUGUCACAGUUACACGACAUUCACAGCUUUAGACCAUAAUUGUAAGCAAUCUCAUGCAGGACACCAGAAAGUUGAAGAUAGUAAGGGUUUUACAAAUAGAAACACCAUAUGUUUCAAAUACAAGCACAUUUGUGGUUCUGCUUUUAAAUGUUAGUGUUGCUCAAGUUAUUUUUUUGUAUGAUAGCUUUUAGACUUUUUACUGUAUGUAUGAGGAGCUCCAUCCAGAGGACCAGUGAGGAAUGAUUCAGCAUGUUUAAUGACACAGACUCCUCACCAUAUCAUUGUUAAUACAUAAUUCAAACAAAUGCUUUUUAAAGUUAACUAUUUUAUGUUUU